AUGGCAUUUGACAAAAUUAUUCAGGUUGUGCAGGACUUCGAGUUUGUCGGCCGGAGAGGACUUCCGAAGACGGUGCACUGCGACAACGGCACGAAUUUCGUGGGCGCGAGCAAUCGCAUGAAGGAGUUCGGCGAGAGGCUGAAAGCAGAGUUGACCGGCGUCCAACGCUACGCUUCCGAAGAAGGAGUCUCCUUUGCAUUCAUACCGCCCAGGGCUCCUCACUUCGGAGGCCUAUGGGAGGGCGCUGUGAAGUCUGCGAAAGGCCUACUCCUACGGACGGCAGGUCGCGCUUUGCUCACCGCGGACGAGUUAACGACGUUCCUCGUUGGCGUGGAGGCAACCCUCAAUUCAAGGCCAAUCGGCCCACUCAGCCAGGACCCCAACGAUGGACAAGCGCUGACGCCAGCGCACCUGCUGAUCGGCGGCCCGCUGAAGGCCCCACCGGAGGAGGAGGCGCCCGAAAAAUAA